GACAGUGUUGACUAGACUGCUUGAGUCCAGUCUUGUCCUCAGUAACUUUCAGUCGUUCAUGACAUUAUCUGUGGCCUCCACAAUGAGGUUCACUGGCGCCGUCAACUAUUGGAGAAUGUCGGUGGGUCCCGAAUGUCUUUCCUUAUCAGGAUUGGAUUUCCUCCCCGCUGCUCAAACUAUCCAGCCCUCCCGUGUUUCAUACACGCUUCCUGGAGGAUAACCACAUAGCCUUCCUACGGAGCAAGCCGGGGAGGUAGAAUGAGGUAUACAUAUCUAUGUGAAGGAACAUGAACAUGGACCCUUGAACUGAAGGAAUGACAACCCCCCCCCCGGCACAAUCUAGUAAAAUUUGAGUUUUUUCUGUUUGGUUUUCCAUCUCUAUUUGAUGGAAAACAACUAUGAUUACGUGGCAUUUUUCAUUCGGAUGACACUUAGCUACGCGAUCAAUGUCCAAUUCUAUCUCACUACUGUAAAGCCUGCUUGUCUCUUGAAGAGUGAUAUUUAAAUUCUACCUUGACACACCUUUCUCCUGCCUCCACAUAUCUCUCAUUUCUGUGGAAGACCGGGACGUUUGACGUCAGCAUUUACCACGCAAUAUUCCACUGCAAUCUAGUGCUAAUUAAAUUGCUAUAGCCUCCUUGCAAGACCAAGGUGUGUUCAUUUUUGUCUGAUUCAAAGUUUUAAGAUUUGUUAUAUUUUAUGUUAUUUAAACUCGUUUGACAUGUAGCUGUCUUUUCUAAGCUGCACUUUAUUGAUAAAUAUCAUUACUAAGAGAUUUCAAACUGUAAUUUAAGCAUAUCUUUGAGUUAUAUAUAUUUUUUUAAUCUUUAGGGCUAUAUAUAUAUAUUCUGUUUUCAUUUUAAACUGGAAAAGUAUAUGGUUUUUGUUUCCAAGCCUUUACAAGCCGUCUGUCGAUCAUUCCGAAAUGGACAAAUCUAGAACUGAUAGCAUUUAAGGACAAAAUCGAUCCUUGUCUUCGGGCAUUUGCGUUAUGAAGGCUGGUGUUUUUCAUUGUUUUUAUGUUCCUCUGUUGGAUUGACACACUAAAGAGAAGAAUCUCCAUCUGAAGGCCAGUGGGAGUUAUUUUUCUUGGAUCGUACAAUACUCCUUUGAGUGCAGAUGGAUUUCACACGUCAAACUCAGAGUUGACUUUGUGGCGUUGUCUUUGCAAAUCAUGCACUGAAGUGGAAGAAUGAUUUUAAGGAGGUUUCAGGGAUAAAUAACUUGUGUUUUUAGUUUUUAAGACAGACUGACAGGUCUAUAGUUAUAUUUUGGUUUUCCUAGCAGAUCCUAAGGAGAGGUGCUUCCAUUUGAUUCUCCUUUUUAAGGUGGCCAUCAGUGGCCAAGUGAACUGACAUGUUGUAUCACUACCUGAAUUUAAACAGACUUAUUCCAUCCAACAAACUGCCAACUGCAUGAAACACUCACACACCGUCCACCUGUCAGGAAACAGACCUUACCUACCUUAAACCUGAGGGUUGGAAGUCCUCUCCCCGUCAAGCCCACCACACUAAGGAUGCGUUCCCCAGAGCCCCCCAUCCCAUCCCCAGCUGAGGCGCUACUCCACUGCCAGUUCGGGGGCUGGGGAACGGGCAGCAGCUGCGACAACAGCUGCCCCAACAGCCCUGGAGGUCCUGGGGGUCUGUCGUCCCCUUCUCCCUCCCCCAGCCCCUCUCCUGCCUCCAGCUACGCCUUGACCCUCACCCCCUCCCACAUCCACGUCCAGCGCCUGGCCCCCCGCCCUGGUAAAGAGGCACGUCUAAUACUACCCCUGUCAGAGCUGGCAGGGUGCAGCUGUCCCCGUGCCCCUGCUCCCCCCUUGCUGGUUCUAUACUGGUAUCCCCCGGGGAGGCGGAGGAAGGGGGUGUCCAGGAGGAGGCAGGUGAGGGCGUACCUGGCUGAGGCCAGGGUGGAGGCUGAGAGAUGGUCCACUGCUAUACAAUGUCUGCUCAGGGGAGUCGCCAUCACUGCUGACACGGAAAUUGGCAAACGUCUACUGCCCCGUCCCCGAAGGCUGCUGCUAUUGGUGAACCCCUUCAGCGGGAGAGGCCAGGCUAUGCAGUGGUGUCAGACACACAUCCUGCCAAUGAUCAGAGAGGCUAACAUCAGCUACAACCUGAUACAGACAGAGCGACAGAACCAUGCCAGAGAGUUAAUCAAAGAGAUCUCCCUGUCACAGUGGGACGGCAUCAUCAUCGUCUCUGGAGAUGGCCUGCUGCACGAGGUGAUCAAUGGUUUGAUGGAGCGUCCAGACUGGGAACUAGCAAUAAAGACACCUGUAGGCAUCCUGCCCUGUGGCUCUGGAAAUGCCCUGGCUGGAUCCAUCAACCACCAUGCAGGUUAUGACAUGUGCCUUCGGGAGCCUCUCCUCCUCAACUGCUGUUUUCAGCUCUGCCGUGGCGGAGUCAAGCCCAUGGAUUUGGUCUCCGUGACAACCAGCCCCGCCCCUUCUCAAAAUGGCCGCCCGGGUCUUCCCAGAAGGAUGUUCUCCUUCCUGUCUGUGGCCUGGGGCUUUGUGUCUGACGUGGACAUCGAGAGUGAGAGGUACCGGGGUCUGGGCUCGGCACGGUUCACCCUGGGCACUCUGGUCCGCCUGGCCUCCCUGCGCUCCUAUAAGGGCCGUCUGUCCUACCUGCCCCCCUCCAUAGUCGCCACAUCCCCAGACGCCAUCCCUCCGCCCCUGCGCAGACCCCUGUCCCGCAGCAUCACUGAGGGCCUGGAGGGCUUCUGCCACACCCCCAUCCAACGCACCAGCUCUGACAUGGGCCUCAGCGAACAGAGGAGUCUGAGGAGGGUAGACACGGAAAGGGAGCGGGAGAGAGAGAUGGAGAGGCAGAGAGAGAGGGAGAGGAGGAGGGAGAGGGCCAGGGGAGGGGGAACGGGGGUGGUCAGGGCGAGUAGCUUGGCAGAGGAUAGAGAGAGAGAGCUGGAGGGAGAGGCGGGGAGGUCAGGGACAAGUUCGGAGAGAUCUGGGACGAGUUCGGAGUCGAACGAAAGGGAAGAUUGCAGGAUGGGAAGGGAGGAUGGGGUGAACAUGGAAAAAAGGCCAGAUGAGGAAAGAGAAGACGGAACGAUGGAGCAGGACUCAGGGAUGAUAGAGGAUAUAGAGGAGAGAGUGAGGAAUGGGGAAGGCAGCAGUGUCUCAAUGGAUGGGGUGAUGGAAGCGAAGGAGGUUGGAGAGGGGUACGGGGUGGACGUGGGGCGAGAGGCCAACAAGGACCCAGAGGGGUGUUACUCGUACCCAGACAACCUCCAGCAGACCAGACUGACUCUAAGGAAGAACUCUGCCCCUUCCAGCCAGAUAGCUAACGCCUUCUUUAGCCAGCCCCUCAGCCAGGAGGCUGACCCCGUUUCUGGAGCCUCGUACAGGGCAGAAGAGAUGGAUCUGAAUGGAACAUACUUCCAGAAAGAAGCUUACCCACUGGACAUCGCCCGGGAGAGAGCCCUCACCAUAUCCUCUCCCUUCAGACACUCUCCUUUCUCCUUCAAGCCCAAAUCUCUGGACCAGAACGCAUCCCGCCCCAGACCUCUAUCCCUCCUCCACCACCCCCACUCCAACUCCCUACCCCCCAAACUCCCCUCCCUGUCCCUCUCCCUCUCUCCCACACCCCCUUCCUCCCCGUCCUGUGCCUCUCCCCACUCCUCCUCCUACCUCGUUCCACGCCCCAACACCCCCAACUCCACCUCCCCUUCCCCGUCUCUCCAGUCCCCCUCCCCCUCCUUUACCUUUGACAUUGCAGAGCCUGCCGGACCCCUCAAGAACCGCCCCCCAUCUCACUCCCUUUCAACCCUCCCAGGGAUGACCUCCUGCCCCCCUGACCAGGCCCUGCCGACCCGGGACUGGGUGACCAUUGAGGGGGACUUUGUGCUUGUGCUGGCCAUCUACCAGUCCCAUCUCGGGGCAGACCUCCAUGCCGCCCCCCAAGCCAGGUUUGACGACGGGCUGAUCCACCUGACGUUUGUGCGGGCAGGGAUCUCCAGAGCCACCCUGCUCCGUCUGUUCCUGGCCAUGGAGAGGGGGGCACACCUGUCUCUCAGCUCCCCCUAUGUGAGCCAUGUCCCAGCCAGGGCCUUCAGGCUGCAGCCCCUCUCCCCACGAGGAACACUCACUGUGGACGGGGAACUGGUGCCAUACGGCCCGCUGCAGGCACAGGUCCAUCCCUCUAUGUCCCGGCUCAUUGUUGGUGACUCUGGAGUGAAGAUCACCUGAUUCUGACAAGGGAUUGGCUGACCAGAUCAGCUGAUACGGCGCUCUCUCCAAUUAUAUCAUCUCUGUUGCCAUCUACGUUCACAGAGAAAGAGGAGAAAAAAGCCUCAGAGACUGAAAAUAGCCCAAAUCAUUUCUGGGGUUUAAUGGAAGGGAUCAUCUGCUGAGCAGAGCGGCGGUGCAGGACGCAAGCCGAGGGAUUAAUAGAGAAUUUUAAAAACGGAUGAAAACGAGCUUUGUUGCACAGCUGUUGGAUUACACUCCGUUUAUCCUGAGAAGCCUGUACCUGCAUAGCCAUGGGAACAAAAUAGGGGGGGGGGACAAGUUGAAUGUGUAUGGGGGAGUGUGUAUUCAGUGCAUGUGUGUGGUAUAUACAUUCUAGUAUGCACAAAUGGCAUGCAGAGAUGCACAUUUCCUGACCUUGCCUUACAGAGAGAGUUCAGAUUUCUUUGUUCUCUAUCAAAGCUGUCCUAGAACAGUUCUAGUUCUAUAUCAAAGCUGUCCUAGAACAGUUCUAGUUCUAUAUCAAAGCUGUCCUAGAACAGUUCUAGUUCUAUAUCAGAACUAUCAAGUUCUAGUUCUAGAACUAUUUCAGAGGGAGCCACACCCUCAUGCAAAUGUAGAUCCCCUUCCGUAUUGGAACCUCCGUCCUUCCCUGUAAUGCCUUAAAGUACAACUCCUGUGACUUUGCCCUUUCUGUCUUAUAUAAGAUGCCUAAACCUGCGACUCCGCAAAUCUCCAUUCACCAGAGGCUGGUGGGAGGAGCUAUAGGAGGACGGGCUCAUUGUAAAGACUGGAAUGGAAUUAAUGGAACGGUAUCAAACCCAUACAAAACCCCAUGUUUGACUCCGUUCUAAUUAUUCCAUUCCAGCCAUGACAAUGAGCCCGUCCUCAUAUAGUUCCUCCCACCAGCCGCCUCUGCCAUCCAGGUAUAUCAGAGGGGACCGUCCACUACAGGAAAAACAAAACAAAGCUGCUGAGCAUACUGUCGUGUUAGUUAAGUUUGUAUUGGUGUAAAUGAAAUAUCUGUGAACAAAGGAAGUUUAUUAGCAAUCCCAUGGAGACGAUUACUCCUAGAAUAAACCAGUAAAGUUAGAUCAACACUGAAAUAAAUAUAAAGCUCAUUGAGUCCUUAUACACGGGUAUUUCACAACAGAAGGAUAGACGGGACUGUUGAACAGUAGCCAUCAUGGUGUAUAGUGCAUUUGCCUGUUUUUCUUUGCAAAAAGGGUGCAUGAUGAUGAUGCUAGAUUAUGAAGUUGCAACACAGUGAUCACGAGACUGUUGCUUGAUCAAGUUUCAUGUAUGUUGUCACGGAAUCCUCUGAAAGUCUCACAAAGACCCAGAAUGCUGGUUGUUUUCAGCAAAUAGUCACUAGUUCCACAUGUGUAAACUGCCUUUUUACAUACCUCUGAUGUAGUCGAUUUUAAUUGAUAUAAUUGUGAGUAGAUUCUGAAGUGUUAUGCAGCUGCAGAAUAUCAACACUCGAUUGGAUUCUAUCUUUUAGAUAAAGAUUGCUGUUGAAAGGAACAAGAUGUACUUGUCUUGCUGGUGUUAUUUACCACAUGACAAGCAGAUCGUUUCCAUAGGAGACCGUUAUAAUCUUAAACAGACAACAUAAACUCAGUAAAUGAAUGAUUACCUUCUUGAGGAUUUAGCUAAUCACAGACAAGGCUGUGCCUCCCAACUCAAAUCAUAGCCUACAUUUCAGAAAUUGAUUUCUCAGUGGGAUGUAGCCUAUACCGUUGAAGUCGGAAGUUUACAUACACUUAGGUUGGAGUCAUUAAAAUUUGUUUUUCAACCACUCCACAAAUUUCUUGUUAACUGACUAUACUUUUGGCAAGUCGGUUAGGACAUCUACUUUGUGCA